ACCCGAAGCACGUCCUGCGCCGCGUCCGACGAAGCGCAGCGGCAGUGGGAUCCGCAACAUGCGGCACCAUACAAUGCCCCUUCAGCAUCCGCCGCAGCCGCGGCAGCAGUGCGAGACGGCGGUUCCGCCAGCGGAAGCGGCAGCGGUGCGGGCGAAGGCGACACUCGCAGCUCGCACGACGAAGGCAGUGACGCUGCUACAGCCGUGCUGCCUCCGAGCCAUAUGUUCUGCCGGCUGGAGUCCGUGGUGCUACAGAUCGACGUGGAGACGCACGAGAUUCUGGCCACCAUGCAGCUACAACCCAUCCAAGAGGCGGAGGCGGCGGAGGAGCAGGCGCGGGCAGCGCGCGCGAGCGCGGCGGCGAGCGUAAGCCGCGUGCUGUACGCGCGCACGGAGCAGGACCGCGUGAGCUGCAAGCGGCUGUCCACCAGCGACACGUCCACCCAUGGCGGCUUCUCCAUUCCGCGCAAGGCCGCCGAGGCCUGCCUUCCCCACUUGGACAUGACGCAGUCGGUGCCAUCGCAGCGCAUAACGGCCACGGACGUGCUGGGCAACCAGUGGCUCUUCCGCCACGUGUACCGCGGCACGCCCAAGCGCCACCUCCUCACCACCGGCUGGAGCGCACUCUCCGCCACCUGGGGCCUCGCUGCUGGCGACCGCAUCGUCUUCCUCAGGAACCGACACGGUGCACUCAAGGUGGCGGUGCGGCGCAGCGAGGUGGCCAUGGCGGCCCUCCAGGCGCGGCGGCAUGCGCAGCGAUCGUCCCUUGAUGGCAUGGCUGACCCUGGCGCGGCACACCCCGCAGCAUCCCCAGGCCUCUCGGAUGUGGCGUCCGCUGAUGCUGUGCUGGCCACCGCUGCUCGCAGCUACAACCGCCGCACUGCCUUCUCCGUCACCUUCCACCCGUGGGUGAGCGCCUCAACGCCCUUCGUCAUCCCGCUCCCCGACUUCACACGCGGGCUGCACGUGAAGGCGGCGCUACAGCCGGGCAGCGAGGUGCGCCUCACGCUCGAGACCGACGACCUGGCCACGCGCCGCCUACGUGGCACCGUGCUCUCGCUGCACCACUCGCCCUCUGCCACGUGGCCCUCCUCGCCCUGGCGCUCCGUGCAGAUCAAGUGGGGCGACACGGACGGCGCACCUGCCAUGGAGCACAGCGGGUCUCGAGAGUCCGCUACAACCGCCACCCCUGCCACCGCUGCUACAGCUGCUGCUACAGCCGGUGCCGGCAGUGCGUCACCAUCCGCACCUCGUCCGGCCUUCCUGCGGACCCUCACUGCUCCCGGGGGCUUCACAGCCUAUGCUCCUGCCAGCGCCCGGCAGGGCGGGGUGAAGAGGGAGCAGCAGCAGGAGGAGGGAGGGGCGGUGCAUCUCACGCUCUCUCUCGGCCUCUCCGCCUCCACCGCCUCGCCGCCCUCCGACCACUCCUCCCCGAGCCUCAAGCGCCGCCGCACCACGGGCCUCGUGUUGCCGGUGCUGCGCCAUGCCUGCCACUCCGAUGGCGGCACCCCCAGGAGCAGCAAUAGCCGGGAGGUUGAGCGCACGGCAAUGGAGGAGCGGGCGGCGAGUGGGGAGCGGGCGGCAGCAGCAGGGGCGGAGAGCAUGGAUGGGCAGACGGCUUCCCCAUCCAAGCAGCCUGCAUCGCCCUGCAAGCUGUCUCCCUCGCCGUCCCGGGCGGCCCACAGAAGGCGGAUUAAGCUGCGGGUGGAGGGAAGCCCGGUGAUGCGCACGGUGGACCUGAGUGGCAUCGGCAGCUUCCAAUCGCUGUACGCCACGUGUGCAGCCAUGCUGCAGCUGCCCCUGCAGCAGCCGGGGCAGCCCUCAGAGAGUGCCACGUGUCCCUGGCAGCUCACCUACACCGAUGGCGACGGUGACACACUUCUUGUUGGCGAUGGGCCAUGGAGCAUUUUCCUGGAGCACGUGCAGACACUCACACUCAUGAAGGCCCUAGUGUGA